CAUGCAGUGACGUCACGUCAUAGUUUUCAUCAGGAAGCGGAACCAUAAAAGUUGUUUUCCCCUCGCCUUUGUUGUGUUAAACCCUCCGUUUUCUCGCCUGAGCUCGGCUUUUAAGGUAUCCACCCUCCUUUAUUAAAACAAACGAUUCGAGUAAGGUUUUAGAGCAGACGGUCUGCCGAAACAUUAUGAACCUUGAACGGAUUCCGAAUGAGGAGAAGCUUAGCCUCUGUAGAAGAUACUACCUGGGUGGCUUCGCUUUUCUCCCUUUCCUCUGGUUGGUGAACGUUCUGUGGUUUUUCAGAGAAGCGUUUUUAAAACCGACGUACACCGAGCAACCCCAAAUAAAAUCAUAUGUAAAGAAGUCGGCUCUGGGGCUCAUAGUGUGGGUGGCCGUGCUGACGACGUGGAUCACCAUAUUCCAGCAUUUCAGAGCCCAGUGGGGUGAGGUGGGAGAUUACCUCUCCUUCACCAUUCCCCUCGGCACAGCCUGAUCACAUCUGCUGCAUUACAAUACCUCUGUUUUUUAUUCUCGCUAUUUUUCUCCUCCCAUCGACAAGAUGCUCCUUGGCUAAUUUUACCGCUGUCGUCGCAUAGAAGAUAAACUGGAUCUGUCUGGGAGUUGUGGUAUUUUGUGAACUUAUGAAAUCGUUUGUUGAUUGAGUGAGAUAAUAUGGACACAGAUGCACCAUGCUAAAGAGCAAGA